AUGUUCUCGCCUUUUCAUGGAUGCCUCAUGAGGAUUUUAAACAGUUCCGCUGGAAUUCUACAGCUCAAGAAUGGACCAAGCAAAAGUGCCGUUAAAAGUGGAAAUGCUUGGACUUUCGAUUAUCUUUGCACUCUUUGGGAUAUUGUUAGUUCAAACAGUUUCAAUCCUUCAUCGUUUGAACACAAUGGUCGGCGCGUUUCAAGAGAUCAAGCUAUGGGCGACUUUGUGACUACUGCUGCAACGAAAAGAGAAGAUGACGAUCAAAUAUUGGAAGCGGGCUCGUUCGCUUUUGGAUACAUCAUACUAUUGGCGCAGUCACGGAGGUUCCGGAAUACACUCGGGAUAUCGGUGCUGAUCGAGAAGCGGUGUUACAUCGAUUGCAAAGAACUCGCUCUAGCCACUGCUAGGACG